GCGUCCCUGUGUGGGUGCCCGCGGCAGCUCGGGCUCCAGCGGCGGAGUGCGGGAGCUCGGGUCCCUGACACGCCUGUCCCCAGCGGCGGGGCAGCCGGGCCUCGGCUUGGGGUGGACAUCAGGAAGUGUGAUUGAUACUGGAGCUGACUGCCCAGGAGGGCGGUGAAGUCACCGUCCCUGGAGGUGUUUCAGGAAGAUUGGACGUGGCACUCUGUGUAGUUGACACAGGGGUGGUGUUCGGUCAUGGGUUGGACUGGUCUCAGAGGUCUUUUCCGACCUGAUUGAUUCUGUGAUUCUGCCCCGAAACACUUCAUGCUGAGCUCAUGGUCAAGCUUACAAUGGAUUUUGGAUAAACAAGAUCUAUUGAAAGAACGCCAGAAAGACUUGAAAUUUCUGACUGAGGAAGAAUAUUGGAAGCUACAGAUAUUUUUUACUAAUGUUAUCCAGGCUUUAGGUGAACAUCUUAAAUUAAGACAACAAGUUAUUGCCACUGCUACAGUCUACUUCAAGAGAUUCUAUGCCAGAUAUUCCCUAAAAAGUAUAGAUCCAGUAUUAAUGGCUCCUACGUGUGUGUUUUUGGCAUCCAAAGUAGAGGAAUUUGGUGUGGUUUCAAAUACAAGAUUGAUUUCUGCUGCUACUUCUGUAUUGAAAACUAGGUUUUCAUAUGCCUUUCCAAAGGAGUUUCCUUAUAGGAUGAACCAUAUACUAGAAUGUGAAUUCUAUCUCUUAGAAUUAAUGGACUGCUGUUUGAUAGUAUAUCAUCCUUAUAGACCUUUGCUCCAAUAUGUGCAAGAUAUGGGCCAAGAAGACAUGCUGCUACCUCUCGCAUGGAGGAUAGUGAAUGACACAUACAGAACUGAUCUUUGUCUGCUCUACCCUCCUUUCAUGAUAGCUCUAGCUUGCCUACAUGUGGCCUGUGUUGUCCAGCAGAAGGAUGCAAGGCAAUGGUUUGCUGAGCUGUCUGUUGAUAUGGAAAAGAUUUUAGAAAUAAUCAGGGUUAUUCUGAAGCUGUAUGAGCAGUGGAAGAACUUUGAUGAGAGAAAAGAGAUGGCUACUAUUCUUAGUAAAAUGCCUAAACCAAAACCACCUCCAAACAGUGAAGGAGAACAGGGUCCAAAUGGUAGCCAGAACUCUAGUUAUAGCCAAUCUUAAGGCAUUCCAAAGAAUUACUUUAUGGACCACUUUGACUCAAGACGUCCUGGGAUAUUUCCUGUGUUCAUGAAAUGGACAGAAGGUUUUAGUAACAUCUUUGACAAAGAACUCGAAGAAUAAAUAGCUUGUUUGUGUCAAGCAUUUUGAAAGCUUUUUCUCUAAAACUACAUCAUUUUCUCUGACGCUGGAACAAAUGUGCUAAGAUUUUUCAGUGUAAGGAAUCAAACUUUAAACCAAGCUGCAAAAGAUUAAUGUUUUUCACUCAAAACAAAUAGUUCAUUAUUGGUUUUAUUUGUGUUGAAGUGAACUAUUUUUAGAGUGACAGUAACCGGAGGCCUAAGUGUAACUGUAUUAAUGACUUGUGUUGUCUUCAUUUUGUUUGUGACUGAAGGAAGAUAGUGCACUCUAUGUUGAAUCUAUCCAUUACCUUCAGUUUUGUUGAUUUAAAAAAAAUAAAUACAGAUUCUGCAACAAGUAACACAGUCCUUCAGAAACAAAUGCCUAGAAAAGCCUGUAAAGAAUAUUCUAACAGUCCUAAUGAAAACUGCAGGAAAGAAAGUCAGUUGCUAUUUUUGGGUUUAAAAAAGCUAUAUUCCUCAGUAAAUCUACUUGGUUGUUUUUGCCAUGAUACAGUAGCCCAGCUUGCCAGAGAAGUGCAAUAUGUAUAGUGAUUCUGCAGUUUUCUGAAACAUUUCAAGUGUUAGAAAUUAAGACAACCCAACAUACUAGUAUUUUUUUUUUUCAAAUAAACCUACUGUAUGGUACAAUCGGAAUAUUUCACAAUCAAGUACAAAUCUGGAUAUUACUGCUAUUUUUUAGGGUGAAUUUUUUUUGUAGAAAAGAUAUACACUGUUAGUCUGCCUUCACUGUUAGUGUGAAUUUGUGUGGUUCAUUAGAGAGUUUAUUUAAGAGGAUCAAGUGUUUGGUGAGCUUCAUACUGGCUAAUUUUUAAUUGGGAUGUUAGGAGCAACUCUAGAAUAACUGAAAUGGGAUUCCUUGGUUACCUUUGUGCUGGAGAAAGUGCGAUUUCUUCAAACAGAAGGCCAUAUCCUGCGUUCCUUACUCAGGCAAAUAUCCCACUGAAGACAGGAAUUGGCCUUAAUUGAUUACUUGAUUUUUUUAGAUAACUUUGUUUCUAACUAAGUUCUGUACAACUUUAUUUUGAAUGAUAAUGCCAACUUGCCCAAGUAUAAAAGUUGAAUGAUAAAGUUCAGUAACGUUGUUCUCCUUUUUUUUUUUUUUCUUCCCCGAAACAACACAUUUCACUGCUCUGGAAUCCUGGAGGGAGAUUAAAAAUGUGUGCUCUGUGAUGUGUCUUGGUUCAAAAAUCUGAUCCCUUAAAAUAACCCCACCUGUUUUUGCAAAUACUGUCUUUGUAAUUGGCUGGUCAUUCAGUGACAUAUAACUGAAGUGUUUUUAUAUGUAGCCCAUUAGGCUACUAGCAUUUAUUUCUGUUCAGGUUAUUUCCAUAAACCAUUAUGUACACCAGCCCCAGACACUUUGGUGAGGUGGAAAAAAUAUACAUUUUGGUCUUUGCUACUUGGUUGCCAUUUGAUCCAUACCUUUUAUAGACACUUGAUUGAUGAAGUGAAAUUUGGCUAUUUUGCUUUCAUUUCUUGAAGUCUAAAAUGUGCGAUUUGUAAUGUGGACUUGGGGAAUAGAAAUAAAUCAAAGCAACUUGA